GGUCAAAGGGACUCUCUCUCUCUCGUGUAUCUUUAGGGAUUAGGGUUUUGUUCUGUUGCCUCUCAAUUCCAAGUCUCGUUCUGUUGCCUCUCAAUUCCAAGUCUCGUUGUUAGUCUCUAAUUCAAGUUUGUUGUUAAGCUUGGAGUGGGUGGGUGACUUGUGGUGGUGGUGAUGGUGAUCCAUGGGUAGUAGAACAGUCAAAAUCGGUUCAAAUGAUGGAGAUAAACUGGUGACCGAGAUGCCGAGCUUUGUUACUCCGGUACCCACUUCCAAUCCCAUUGGCACAGAGGGGGGCUCCAUUCGUUCUUCUCGAAUCUCAGACUUUGAAAGGCUUGAGCAGACUCUUGGAUUUAACAUAGAGGAUGCUGUUGACAUUGGAAGAAGUCCUGUAUAUGAUCAAAAUACUUCAACUAGCCGCGCAUCAGGAGCCAAGGAUGUUCAAUUUGGCGCUUUAAAUAAGCUGUUACCACAGAAAGAGCUACAACCAAAUCUGGUUGCAGUAUCUCGUAGCAAUCACGAGAAUUGGGGUGAAUCCAAUAUGGCAGAUGGAAGUCCUAGGACUGAUACUUCAACAGAUGACACAGAGGAUAAAAAUCAGAUGAUUGAAAGGAAUCAAAUGGCUGGUCUUCUAGCUUCUGAUUCCAGUGAUAGAUCAAAAGAAAAACCUGGGGAUCAAAAGACGCUGCGCAGGCUUGCUCAAAAUCGUGAAGCUGCCCGGAAAAGCCGAUUAAGAAAAAAAGCAUAUGUACAACAACUCGAGAGUAGCCGGUUGAAACUGACCCAGCUUGAGCAAGAACUUCAGCGUGCCCGCCAGCAAGGCAUCUUCAUUUCAAGUUCUGGAGAUCAAGCCCAUUCAAUGAGUGGAAAUGGUGCUUUGGCAUUUGAUGUGGAAUAUGCAAGGUGGCUAGAGGAGCACAACAAGCAGAUAAAUGAGUUGAGGGCAGCUGUUAAUUCACAUGCGGGUGAUACAGAACUCCGUACUGUAAUUGAUAAUGUCAUUGCUCACUAUGAUGACAUCUUUAGAAUAAAGGGCACUGCAGCAAAAGCUGAUGUUUUCCACAUCUUGUCAGGAAUGUGGAAAACACCAGCGGAACGGUGUUUUAUGUGGAUUGGUGGCUUCCGCUCAUCUGAGCUUUUGAAGCUUCUUGUGCGUCAAUUGGAACCCCUAACGGAGCAGCAAGUGAUGGGUAUUUACAACUUACAGCAAUCAUCCCAGCAGGCUGAAGAUGCUUUGUCACAAGGGAUGGAAGCAUUGCAGCAAUCCCUUUCUGAGACCUUGGCCAGUGGUUCACCUGGGCCAUCAGGAACAUCUGGGAAUGUAGCAAACUACAUGGGUCAAAUGGCUAUGGCUAUGGGAAAGCUAGGCACACUUGAGGGAUUCCUUCGCCAGGCUGAUAAUCUUCGCCAGCAAACUCUGCAACAAAUGCAUCGUAUACUGACAACUAGGCAGUCGGCUCGUGCACUUCUUGCGAUCAAUGAUUAUUUCUCACGUCUUAGAGCCCUCAGUUCUCUUUGGCUUGCCAGGCCCCGAGAGUGAGACACAUUUCAUUCCUUCAUAUGAAGUUAAUCGUGACGGUUGACUAUCCAAGAGUAGUGUUACCACUAUGAGCCUUGGCAGAGAAAGUGUAUGAUUAAAAGAUUAGUGGACUUGUCGCAUGCAUUGUUCAGUCCCCAUCGGAAGUGGUGUAACAUAUGCGUUCCGAGGUGUUGCAUUUUAUGAACAGAACAAUAAUAUCAAUAAUCUGAAUGUUACUUAUUUAAUAGUACUUAUACAUUAGAAUAUUGUAGGUUACAGAUAUCAAUUUGUAUACCAAAAAUCAGUCUAUGUCAGUGAGAGGUUGUAUUUCAGUUUCAUUCAUGUAAAUAUGUUGCAUCUUUGAAUGUAAUUGACACAGCAUAGUUCAGAUUCUAUUGGCUUGUUAUUGUGUAGUAUUGAACAGAAUCUGAUACC